AUGGCGGCGAAGACGGCAGAUGAGCUCUCGAAGCUGGCCUUGAACGGCACUGCCACCAAGCAAAACACACACAUCAAUGGCACGAACGGUGUGAACGGUCACCUGUCGGAUCAGGGCGACUCGGACGAUGACAAGGACGACGACGCCCCCGUGAAUGGCGGCGCAGCGGACGGGGCUGCCAGCGGAGCCGCGAAGAAAAAGAAGAAGAAGAAGCCAAAGAAGAAGAAGACGGCAAAAGUCCAAUCUGAUCCGCCCCGUGUGCCACUGAAGGAUCUUUUCCCCGGCGGGACAUAUCCGGUCGGUGAAGAAGUGGACUACAAGGAUCACAAUGCAUAUCGUACCACCAGCGAAGAGAAGCGGCACCUGGACCGUACCCGGAACGACUUCCUCCAGGAAUACCGCCAGGGCGCUGAGGUGCACCGUCAGGUGCGCAAGUGGGCGCAGGCCAACAUCAAGCCGGGGAUGACGCUGACAGAGAUUGCCGAGGGCAUCGAGGACGGCACCCGUGCCUUGACCGGCCACUGGGGCCUGGAAGAAGGGGAUAACAUCAAAGGCGGCGUGGGCUUUCCCACUGGGUUGAGCAUCAACCACAUCGCCGCCCACUACACCCCGAACGCAGGCAACAAGUGGAUUUUGGCCGAGCAGGAUGUCAUGAAGGUGGACUUUGGAGUUCAUAUCAAUGGGCGUAUUGUCGACUCGGCAUUCACCGUGGCCUUCGACUCAAAGUACGACAAUCUGCUGGCCGCGGUCAAAGACGCGACGAACACCGGCAUCCGUGAAGCGGGCAUCGACGUGCGCGUUGGUGAUAUCGGCGCCGCGAUCCAAGAAGCUAUGGAAUCGUAUGAAGUCGAGCUUGAUGGGAAGACAUAUCCAGUCAAAUCCAUCAAGAAUCUGAACGGCCACGAUAUCAUCCAACACAGCAUCCACGGUGGCAAAUCGGUCCCCAUCGUCAAGUCAAAUGACCAGACCAAGAUGGAAGAGGGAGAAAUCUUUGCCAUCGAGACGUUCGGGUCUACGGGUCGCGGAUACGUCACCGAUGAUCUGGAGGUGUCGCACUACGCUUUGCGCCCGGAUGCACCGAAUGUGCCUCUUCGUGUGCAGUCUGCGCGGAAUCUGUUAAAUGUCAUCAAGAAGAAUUUCGGGACUCUUCCUUUUGCUCGAAGAUACUUGGAUAGAUUGGGCCAAGAAAAGUAUUUGCUCGGGUUGAACAACUUGGUAAGCUCGGGAAUUGUGGAGGCAUACCCGCCGCUCGUGGACAUCAAGGGCAGUUAUACGGCUCAGUUUGAGCACACGAUCUUGUUGAGGCCUACAGUCAAGGAGGUAAUCAGCCGUGGUGACGAUUAUUGA